CAGCAUUUUCUGUUCUUCUGCAGGGGUCAUUCUCUCUAGAGAUGAUAUCAAAUUGAUGCCAAUAAUCAUCCCUGGAUUUCCCUGGCCUUAUGUUGAAAUGGCAACAGGAAGGAAAAGCUCCACUUCAAAAGGUGGAGUACAUUUCACUGAUGAUGAUGAAGACCUUCCCAUUAACAAAAGCUGUGAUGAAAAGCUUCAGGAUAAAGUCAUUGCAGCGCUACUAGAACCUGAUGGUGCAUAUCUUGUUAAGGUGGGAUUUUUAAGGAGCCAUCACAAAUAUGAAAUCGUCUUUUCUUUGCCGCAAAUCCCAACACUAGGCAAAGAUGUCUGCCUUUCUCCCGCACUCCGCAGUACUGCAAAACCACGACUACGUGCAACACGCAUUACACCAUGCCCUGAGGGGGGAGUGAGGGUGGUUUGUGAGUACAUCUCUCAGCAGGACGGAGUGGUGCAAGAGGAACUCACCCUGCUCAACAGAAGCAGAAGGGACAGCAGUGUCCGAGUUCGAUUACAGGCCAGAGUCAUGGAUCGUCACCACGGAACACCAAUGUUGCUCGAUGGAGUGCGGUGUGUUGGUGAAGAAAAACACACAAAAUAAUGACAGAGAAGAUGUGAUCAAAUUGGUUUGCUUGUGUAAAUGAUGAAAAUAAACCAAAACGAUUGAAUGCACAUGGGAAUGUGCCUCCAAAUUUAAACAACCCACAUCACAACCGUGGAGGAUCACUGCACUAAAGCAAAAAUAGAGCCACUGUUCUAGAGUCUACGCAUCACAGGUCUGCUAAUGACAUCACAAAUUCAACUUGAGUUUUUAACAGAAUUUUAAAGGUUAUGCGUUUGAUAACAUUAGAAUUCAAACUUUUUUAAAAGAAA